GCGGGGGAGGGCGGCGGCGGCGGCGGCGGCGGCGGCGGCGGCGGCGGUUGGUUGUCGGGCGCUGUUUGGGCCGCCGCGGCCUUGUCGCUUGGGCUCUGGCGUCUCUCAGGGCAGGCCUGGGUUCUGGUGAGGCCGGUACGGAUCGCCUCUUGGUUCCGCCGUGCAGGGCACAUCAGCAGCAGACCUUGAAGCACUUUGUUUGUGCCAAAUCAUUACCACUUGCCACAUGAGUCUAAAUCAUGACGGAUGCCAAGUACGUCCUCUGCAGAUGGGAAGAGCGAUUAUGGCCUGCAAAGGUUUUGGAUGGACCUAAGACUUCAACAAACGAUAAGGGACGAAAAGAAUUCUUUCUAGACGUCCAAAUACUGUCACUAGAUGAAAAAAUUAAGGUGAAAAGCACGGAAGUUGAGACCCUGAACAAGUCUCAGAUUGAGAGCAUUGCCUCUUCCCUGGCCUUGCAGACCGAGGUCCCCACUGCAGCCCUGCAGGAGCUGACCUACAGACGCUCACUGCGGGUGGCCCUGGAUGUUUUGAAUGAGGGCAGCGGUUUGAGUUGGGAAAGCACCUCAAGGAGAAAUGGAUCUGCUUGGUGGCGAAGGGAGAAGGAACCCACUGAAGCAGCCUCCUCGCUACGCAACACGCUCCAUUCUUCCUUCCGUGAAGAUGUGUCAGCCCAUCCUGGCGAGAAAGAGCCUGAGGUCAAAGUGGAUCACAAGAAAAGGCCAGGGAAAAGUGAGACCCCAGGAGCCCUGUUGGCUCCAGCCGGCCCUCAGGAUGGGAGUGAGUGGGACGCAGGUCACACUCUCACCAGGAAGCGGGGCAGGAGUUUGGCCCAGAGGUCUGGCCAGUGCCAGGAGGCACCUGCUCCUUCUGGGGCACAGAGCGAGGAGCAGUGCGUAGGCCAGGCCUCGCUGCCCCAAGCCCAGGAGGACGAUCUGUGUGCCCAAGCCGAAGGACACGACCCCGGUUUGCCAUUAGGCAGCCUCACGGUGGUCCCGGCUCUGGACAGGGCUGGAGGGCCCCCUGCGAAGAGGAUGCACCUGAGGCUACCUGCCACACAGCUGGAGCCGGAGCUGUCCCCCAAGCCACGACCCUGGGGGUACAUGACCCUGCGGAGCACGUCCACCAGCCCUUGUCCCUCAGAUACUGCAGUGGAGGACACGCAGUUCCCUCUUCUCCAGGAUAGUGGCAGCGAUGGGCUGGAAGAAGACCUUCAAGCUUCUCAGGAGCUCGUGGAGUUUAAUUCCAACAACUCCAUCAUGGAGGAAGAGGAGGAAGAGGAGGAGGAGGAGCCUCCGAGAAUCCUUUUGUAUCACGAACCGCGUUCAUUUGAAGUAGGAAUGCUAGUCUGGCUUAAAUACCAAAAAUACCCAUUCUGGCCAGCAGUGGUCAAAAGCGUGAAGCGGCGGGAGAAAAAAGCAAGCGUGCUCUUCAUCGAGCGGGACAUGAACCCCAAAGGGCGUGGCAUCACUGUGUCGCUCAGAAGACUGAAGCACUUUGAUUGUAAGGAGAAGCAGGCAUUGCUGGACAAAGCAAGAGAAGACUUUGAUCAGGCCAUUGGCUGCUGUGUCUCCCUCAUCACUGACUACCGGGUGCGGCUAGGCUGUGGCUCUUUUGCUGGCUCCUUCCUGGAAUAUUUUGCUGCUGAUAUCAGUUACCCUGUUCGGAAAUCCAUCCAGCAGAAUGCUGAGGGUACCAGGUUCCCCCAGCUGAGCAGAGGGGACCCUGAGGAGCCUGAGGGCAGCAGCCCCCUGGAGUGGAGGCUGCCUUGCAGAAAGGUGCUGCCUGACCGCUCUCGGGCCGCCCGGGACCGCGCCAACCAGAGGCUGGUGGAGUACAUUGUGAAGGCUCGAGGUGCUGAGAGUCACCUCCAUGCCAUCCUGAAGCAUGGCAAGCCGUCUCGGUGGCUGAAGAUGUUCCUGAGCUCUGGCCAGUACGUGAUGUGCUUGGAGACCUACCUGGAGGAUGAGGAACAGCUGGACCGCGUGGUGAAGUACCUGCAGGGUGUCUACCAGGACGUGGACGGUGACGAACUUGUGCAGGCCAGUGGCGACCGCAUCCGCUUCAUCCUAGAUGUGCUGCUGCCAGAGGCCAUCAUCUGUGCCAUCUCUGCCGUGGACUCCGUGGACUACAAGACAGCUGAGGAGAAGUAUAUAAGAGGACCAUCGCUUGGCUACCGGGAAAAACAAAUAUUUGAUAACCAGGUCCUGGAAGAAAGGAGUCGGCGCCACCAGUGAUGUGCCCCCAGCUGUAGCACGAGCCAGGGCACAGGGAGCCCAGGAUCUGGCAGGUGCCCGUGGCGCCUGCCCUUGCUUUCACAAAAGUCUGAAGAGUCCAUGUCAUGACCAGCAAAAGCUGGUCUCUGUAUUGAUGUUUUGCCGGAAUAUACAUUUCCUGAGAUUUCAAUCCAUUGAUUGCACAUUGUCCAUCGUGACCGUAUAGUUUGAUAUGAAUUGCACUUGUAUUGUGUGUCACACAUCACAUGUAGUAUUAAAUGGGAGUUUUUAGACAGUA